GGGUGCGAGACUGUACAUCAGUAAUUACGGAAAAACUACGGAAACACACGAUGAUCUGUUAGAAAUAGGCCAAGGUUAAUGAACUCUUAGGUCUGAAACCUAAAUGCGGACUGACUCAGCCAACGUUAAAUUAUGAAAAACUAGACAUAGCGUGAUACGAUUUUAUAGCAGUUUUAAACUAUGCUGUAAGAGUGAUUAACAUUUACUUCGUACUGUUUAGUCAACGAUUAACCGGCAAACGUACAUUUAAUUAUUUUACUGCUGAAAAACCUGAACCGCCUGAAUCAAUGCUGUCUGAUUUUUAUACUGUACAAACUUUACGGUGUGAUUGGGGGCAGCUAGCUACAGUUUAAAUAGGAAUACACACAUACAAUAACAUGCAUAGGCCUACUAAAAUAAUUUAAUGUUUUUAUCCGUAUUUUCAAUAAACAGCACCAAACCUAAAGAUGCUACCUGAUAUAGCGGUGACUCACACGGUAGUGUAAUAGAAGUGGCACUACGGUGUAACCGAUCUUUUUAUGCAAUAUUCUGCUUUUCAUCGUUAUGUUCCUCUUGCAUUUUGUGGGAAUAGAGCAUUUCCGCUGUUUUAUUCUCACGGUGCGGUCCGCGUGUAAACCGGUGAGUGGGUCUGCAGAGCAGAUUUGGUCUUGUGCAGUGAUACAGCGCCCAGGUCACGGCGACCGGUUAUUACCGCAAAGGAGGAAACACGCACAUCUCAGGAGGGAAGCGGCCAGGGAGUGUUUCACACGAAGGAGAACUUCGGCUUCUCCGAGGAAUUAUGACAACGAAUACGAAGGGGAACCCCUAUUAUAUAAACUAUGGCUUUCAGGAAGGAUCGGGGCCGUCUUCACAUAGCCCGGCUGUCCGGACCGGACUGCCCGUCUAUGUCCCACAGAAUAUCAACACACGGAACACCUCCGCACCUUCGUACCCACCGGCCAGCCCUGCCCAUCCUGUCAGGAGGCCGUCCUGCAGUUGGAUCACUCUGAUUGUCUUCGGGUGCUUACUGCUGGUUGUGGUCGGCAUUCUCCUGUGGUUUUUCUUGUUUUACAGUGUGGAGGGCUGUACUGACCUAGGGGGGUGCCCAGAGGCGUCCCGGCACUGCGCUGAAGCCGGCUGCUUCCGCCUCUAUGGCCAGGAUUUCGUCCUUCAGAUGUUCUCUCCCAAAAGCAAGUCCUGGAGGUCGGUGUGUGCUGAAGGCUGGACAGACACCCACGGGAGGAGCGCGUGUCGACAGAUCGGCUACAAAGAAGACACCUACGUCAGCUCCGGUCAAAUGGCAUCGAAGAGCGGAGACUCCAGCGGCUACGUGACUUUGAGGCCCGGAUCUCAACCCGGAGAGCCUGCUCUGAAGGACCUCGUGGACAGUGCCUCCUGCCCAGCUGAUGCUGUCGUCACACUUCGAUGCAUCGACUGUGGCUCACGCAGAGGCCCUACAACUUCCCGCAUCAUUGGGGGUCAGGCGGCCCGGAGAGGGGCGUGGCCUUGGCAGGUCAGCCUGCACCUGGAGUCUCAGCAUACAUGUGGUGGCUCAAUCAUCACGCCACUUUGGCUUGUCACAGCAGCACAUUGUAUCGAUGGAUACAGCAACCCAUUGGACUGGACCGUGUAUGCCGGCUACCUGAACCAGGACGACAUGAUGUAUAACGGCCAGAAGGUGGCGCUGAUCAUCUCCCAGAACUACAACAGUAUGACGGACGAAAAUGACAUUGCCCUCAUGAAGCUGAGAGAGCCACUCCCAAUGUCUGAUGUCAUAAGGCCCGUGUGUCUGCCCAAUGUGGGGCUCAGCUUCACCGCACCUCGGUCCUGCUGGAUUUCAGGGUGGGGGAGUACCGAAAACCAAGGACCCUCGUCCAAAGUUCUGAUGGAGGCUCAGGUGUCCAUAAUCGACAGAGAAACCUGCAAUAACCCGGCGGUGUACUCCGGGGCGAUAACCAAGUCGAUGAUCUGCGCCGGCAUGCUGGAGGGUGGCGUGGACGCGUGCCAGGGUGACAGCGGGGGUCCCCUGGUGACCGAAUAUGCCUCCCUGUGGUGGCUGGUGGGAGACACCAGUUGGGGCAUAGGCUGUGCCCUCAGGAACAAGCCCGGCGUCUACGGCAACGUGACUUUCUUCCUCAGCUGGAUCUACGAGCAGAUGCGGAAUAAUUAGUGCGAGCGUGGAGCUGAGGCAAACGGGCCGGGGAAGACGCUUCUGAGUUUCUGAACGAUCUUCAGCCUGUUUCUGAGUUCAGUCCUUCAUGACGCUUUCUGAGAGUCCGGCAGUGCCUCUGCCAAGCCAACAGCCGCCUUUACCUGCAAGCACCCAGGUGGACAGCAGAGGGCGCCAGUUCAAGCAAUGCAAACCCCAACAGGCAUAAGUGUAUCUAUGUGACAGUUUACGAAGAUAUUUGUUUAUUUAAAUGGGCACGUGUGAAUUUGUCUUUUUGACCAUAUAUCAGGAAAAGGUAAAUUGUGGAAUUUUAUAAUUUUUUAAUACAAAAAUGGUAAUUUCUACAUGCACAAUAAUCAGUUUGAUAUUCUUAACUGUACAAUUCUCACAUGAUUUAGAUUAAAAUACACUUGCAUGCUCAUAUAGAUUAACUUUAAGAAGAGUUGUUUUUUAAUAAAAAAAAAUGUGAUUGCAAA